AUGGCCCCUCUUCCUUCCCCUCCCCCCCCGUGCCCUCUUGCAGACGGGCUCUUCGUGACCGAUUACUUCACCCGCACGCCACGCAAGCUCAACCCCUUCCGCUCCUUCGCCAGCAUCGAGCUCUUCCACUUCCACAUCCCCGAGGACACCCUGGUCGCUGUCUGGAACCUCAUCACCUUCAAGGAGCAGGGCGGCACCUUCGGGGACCGGUGCCCAGACCGCAGCGUCACCGUGUAUUUCCGCUCCGGGGCUCCCCCUGUCAUCGCCCCCCUCCACACCCACUUUCCCCGGGACACGGCUGUCCCCAGCUCCUUCACUCUCACCCUCACCUGGAGUCUGCCGAAUCGCACCACCGGCGUCUUCAACAUCACCAGCCCGCUGCCCGGAGACUGGUUCCUGGCCGCCCACCUUCCCAAGGAUGAGGGCAAGAUCUCCAUCAAGGGUCUGUACGAGGAGUGCCAGUACCUGUUUCAGCCCCAGCUCAUCGUGCAGCGCCUCGUGGGGAUCGCCGUGCUGUACCCCGGCUAUGUCAGCACCCAGACCAUCGCACCCCACAACCGCUCCAGCCUCUACAAGGUCUUCGUGCCCAGCCACACGUCACGGGUGCUGGUGCAGGUGCUGGGCUGCCGGGCCGGGAACCGCAGCACCGCGGGCUGCCCACUCUGGCUGACGGUGCGAGCCAAGGCCCCCCCGCUGCACAACUCCAGCGGGCUGGACUGCCGGGAGCGGGCGCCUUGCCAGCUGGCGCUGGAGCUGCCCCUCUGGCAGCACUGGUACUAUCUGCUGCUGGAGAAGGCACUGGGAGUGCCGGGCCCCAUCCACUUCCAACUCACCGUGCAGCUGACAGGGAGCCCCCUAGCCCUGUCCCCUGUGAGACGGAGCCCCCGGAGCCCUGCCUGCCAGCCAGACUCUGGGAGAGACAUGUCCCCUGUGCAGGGCCCAGCAGCGCUCGGUCGGGUCUGUCUGUCGCCUGGCACGGCCUGGGCAGCCCGGAAGGUAGCGCAAGGAAUUGAAGGGUGA